UCUCUACUCACAUCGUGCAUCCUCACCACAAUUGGGCUUGCGUCUUUCGCUGCAGCCGCCGUUCUUGCUCAUUCAGUUGCAUGCGAUGCUUUGAUUGCGAACUUUGUAUUAUUGAGACCCAUUUUCAUCUGUAGUUUUGCGAGGAUACUCAACCCCUGAGGCGAGAGGAAAAAGAUGUCGCAACGCGUUACUCGCUCCCAAACGGGGGCAACACCCAGGAAAUCACUCGCUCCUGGGUUCGUUGAAACCCCUGGUCGACAGCGCAAGCCGCGCCGAUCUGGUGAUGGCGACAACUCGGACUCAGAUAGCAGCGCACUUACGCGGUCGGUCGAACUCGAGCCAAAGCCUCAGAAUGGAACGGCUAAUGGUCAUGCGAAAUCGAACGGAACGGCCAAUGGUCAUGCGAAGCCAAGCAAAGAGCCCAUGACUGGCGACCUCACACUAUAUAAGCAUGAAGAGUUCGAGUUUGGAGGUCCGUAUGGUCCACUUGGUAUCAUGAUUGGAUUCCCGGUCCUCAUGUACUAUAUGUGGAUUGGGGCAACGUACUACGACGGUGGUUUCCCAAGACCUUUGGCAGGACAGACCUACGUCGAGUUCUUCCAGCAUAUGGGCCACCUGAUCUACAAAGGUGCAUUUCCACACGCAAAGGCGUGGGCAAUCUACUGGGUAUUCUUCCUGGUGGAGUGCGUCUUCUAUGUCAUCAUGCCUGGUAUCUGGACCAAGGGCAAGAGACUGCCUCACUUGGGUAACGAGCCUCUCGAUUACUACUGCUCUGGGCCAUGGUCAUGGUGGGCAACGCAGAUUAUUGCGGUUGGCCUCCAUUUCUCUGGUCUCUUCCCGCUUUACACUCUGAUCGACGAGUUUGGUCCUCUUAUGUCGGUUGCAAUUCUUUCUGGUAUCGGUGUAUCGUUUAUUGCCUACUGGUCUGCUCUAUGGCGUGGUGCGCAAACUCGUAUGUCGGGAUACUUCAUCUACGACUUCUUCAUGGGGGCCGAGUUGAACCCGCGCAUAAGCGUGAUUGACUUCAAGAUGUUCUUCGAAGUGCGCAUCCCCUGGUACAUCCUAUUCUUGACGACUGCAGGUGUCAUAGCUCGGCAGUAUGAGGACUAUGGAUACGUUUCUGGUGAAGCGUGGUUCUUGCUUCUUGCGCAUUGGCUCUACGCAAAUGCAUGCUCCAAGGGCGAAGAGCUUAUUGUCACGUCUUGGGACAUGUACUUUGAGAAAUGGGGCUUUAUGCUGAUUUUCUGGAAUCUUGCUGGUGUACCACUCAGCUACUGCCACUCGUCCAUCUACCUUGCCAACCACCCUCCUUCGCAGGUUGCGUGGAGCAAGCCGGCGCUGGUGAUUUUCUUUGCCACGUAUCUGUUCGCCUACUGGGUCUGGGACACGACAAACUCGCAGAAGAACAUGUUCCGGUGUGAGGAACGUGGCGGGGCUCCCCAGCGCAAGGCUUUCCCUCAACUGCCGUACAAGUCGAUCAAGAACCCGGUGACGAUCAAGACCAAGACUGGGGAUUCGAUUUUGUGUGACGGAUGGUAUGGCAAGGCGCGGAAGAUUCACUAUACGUGCGACUUGUACUUUGCAAUCACAUGGGGAUUGAUCACCGGGUUCAACAGUCCGUUUCCGUGGUUCUACAGUGUCUUCUUUGCGGGGAUGAUCAUACAUCGUGCGUGGAGAGACAUUGUUCGCUGCAGAGAGAAGUAUGGCGAGGCAUGGCUGGAGUAUGAGAGAAGGGUUCCGUACUUGUUCAUCCCGUACGUUAUUUAAGAGAAGUAGGACAUGAGCUGGUCUGCGAACUAGCUGUGCCUGUAGCUUGACGGUGAAGCAUGAGUAAUUAAUGGUAUGUUGAGAAUGCAUCGCUACUGGUCUUGACGGUCGGGUUGAAAUGUUCAAUUCCUGUACCAUAAUAUUGUUACGAAGGUUAAUUGUAAAGUACAUAAUGGGCUCCCCGGCCACUGUAUUGUCGGGAACCGCAAGUAUUGUAUAAAUUACUCGUUAUCAUCACAGGUUGCUCUCAUCGCGAACUUUGGGUAUCAACAUAGUGCACGGUC